UCGUAGUUUACCUCAUCUUGAGACGCGACACGGGUUGAUUACUUUCGCUUUGCCCUGUUUUGCUUUAAAAAAAUCUGCCGCAAUGAACGCAGCAGUGGUUAAAAAGACACAAGACACCCUAGGAAAAGUGAUAAAGAAACCCCCUUUGACGGAAAAACUGCUUAGCAAACCACCAUUUCGAUACCUGCACGACAUCUUCAGUGAGAUCAUCAAAACCACCGGCUUUAUGAGGGAGCUGUACAAAGAGAGUGAGUUAAAGUCAGAUAAUGUUAAGGACAAAGAGAGUAAGAUGGCCUUCCUUCAGAAAGCGAUCGAUGUUGUAGCGUUGGUUAGUGGAGAGCCCCUAGCAGCAAAGCCAGCAAGGAUAGUGGCCGGUCAUGAGCCUGAGAAGACCAACGAGCUGCUGCAGGCUAUCGCCAAAUGCUGCCUUAACAAGAUGUCCAGUGAGGAGGCAGUGAAACGAGUGCUUUCUGGAGAGACGGUGGACUUGAAGACCAAGGCCAGCACAUCCAAGUCCCAGGAUAAAGAGAAUCGAGCUAGACGUGAACAGCAGUCAUCUGAAAGAGAGGGGAAGAAGAAGAUUGAGCGCAGUAGGAGCAGAGAAGAUAAGGACUCGGAUAAGCCCCCAGAGCAAGAGAGACAACUUAAAGAUGGUGAGCAAGAUCACCGCCACAAAAAGGAGCGUUCUGGCAAAAACCACCACCGUGAACAAGACCAUACCAAAGAUGCUGAAAAAGACAAAAGCCGUGACCGAGGACAAGACAAAGGAAGAGGAAAAGACCAAGAGCAGGACUUAGAUCUCAGAAGAGAGAAAGAAAAGAGCAGAGACAGAGAGAGAAUAAGAGAAAGAGAUUCCCAAAGAGACCAUGAGAAAAACAAGGAAAAACUACGAGGAAGAGACAAGGACAUCGAAAGACGCAAAGAAGGGGAAGACAAGACGAGGAGUAAAGACAGACACCAUGCAAAUAGCAAGGAUAGAUUAUCAGAACUUCAACCCAAAAAUGUUGACGACGAUCCCAGGAAAACGGUAACAGCUGAUCCAGUGCCAGCUGACGAGCCUGCAGAGAAAGUUGAAAACCAGUCUGAAAGUCCAGCACGAAUACCCAGACCGUCAUCCGCCAAAGGGCAAAGAAGGAAACCUCGAAUUGAUGGACGAGAUGAAUCUGACAGUGAAGCAGACACAGACACUAAGGUGGCGCAGGGACCUGUCCCCAAGGAAAGUGGCAAAGCAGGUUCCUCAUUUUCAUCUGAAAUGGCAUCCAGCAGCAAGCGAAUGGCGCGCCCCAGCAGCGCUCGUCCUGCUCCUCCUCCAGUUAAGAAACAGGACGGUCUUACUGAGGCAGUGCCGGCUGAAAGGGUUCCUAGUGCCAAAUUAUCAGUAAUCCGAGAUGGAAAGAAGCAAUCUGACGAUGAAGAGGAAGAUGAGCAGUUUCUUGUGGCAGAGGCUGCUCCUGAACCUGAUAAGGAGUUGGGCCCUGCACGAGACCCUAAUGUUGAAGAAAAACAUGGUGGACUUGUGAAAAAGAUUCUGGAUACCAAAAAGGACUACGAGUCAAUCCCAUCCUCCAAAAAAUCUAAAGAGAAGUCGGUGUCAGAAGAAGAGCGGAAGAAAGAGCAGGACCUGGUAGCACGAGAGAUCGAGCGUCUUCGGGCGUCCAUCCAGUCGGUGUGUCAGAGUGCGCUGCCUUUGGGCAAGAUAAUGGACUAUGUCCAGGAGGAUAUAGAUGCAAUGCAAGCAGAACUGCAAAGCUGGCGGAAGGAGAACAAGGAACAUGCACAGGCUUUGCAGCAGGAGCAGAGAGCGACCGACAGAGCGUUAGAACCUCUUCAAGCGGAACUUAAUGAACUGGACCAGAUGAUCAAGGAUUACCAGGACAAGAUUUGUACUGUGAGGUCCAACAUACUGAGGAAUGAAGAGAAGAUCCAAAAGAAGUUGGCAGGAAUCAUCUCAUCUUGAAGUCAGAAACUACCAUCUAAUACCUGUAACAAAACUUUUUAGAUAUUUUUCAAUGAACAUGUGGGCUUGGAUGGAAGACUUUGAUCUGCACUGCACCACAGUUCUACAAUUUUGCGCCCUUACUUUGAAAAGCAGCCACAGUAGUAAGACACCAAAUGGUCACAACAAACACUUUUUUAAUUAUCCUGUUUGUUUGUUUUUUCCAUUUUCGACCAUAUCUUUGACUCCGCGUCCUUACAUUAAUUUGGUUAGCUCUCAGAUAUACAGAAUGCGUUAUUAUUAUUAUUUUCAGUAACUCAUAACAACAUAUUUUAGCAGGCGAUGCUAUUAGAAAUUAAUCAACUGAGCUCAAUACAUACAGUACAGGCCAAAAGUUUGGACGCACCUUUUCUAUAUUUUCAUGACUAUUUACCAUACUUGCCAACCCUCCCGAAUUUUCCGGGAGACUCCCGAAAUUCAGCGCCUCUCCCGAAAACCUCCUGGGA